UAAGAGAGCUGAUUUUGGGUAAAAUUUAUGGAUCUAGAGAGAGAAGAGAGAUAAGCUGUAGGGAGAAGAAGAGAAUGAGAAGAAGAAGGAGCUAGGAGCAAGAAGGAUCUUCCCCAACUUCAAGUCUUCUUAUGUUUCUACCAUGUAUCUUCUUCCCUCCUUUAUGGAGUAGUCCUAUAAGGUACUAGGGGUUCUAAACCCCAAACCCUAAUUUUAGGAUUUAUGUAUGUAUGUAUGUAUGUAUGGAUAUUUUAGAUUUUGAAUGAAUGAAUGUGUUUGUCUGGUAGAUUCUUAAUGCCACUCUUUCCUAAAUGAUGACGCUUGGGAAAGUAUCCCCAAUCUUCCCUCUUAGUCUGCUUUAUGCUAACACGCUAGGUACGGAGUUCUAGGGUUAGACGGGUAUGUGCCAUCUGGCGAAUUUAGGUUAGAUGAGUGAAUGGGGGCCUAUAGUGGUCGAGGCGACCGAACCCCCUGCUAUAGGUAGCCUUCCUAGAUGAAACUCGGGAUGAAACCUCGGUGUGGACGGUGGAUAGUGUCCAUUGAACAUAAGCUUAAUGCACCAGAUACGAUAGCCUAGAUCGAGGUGAAUGAAACAUGGGUUUAGGGAGGUGUACUCGGAGGCGUGUGGAUAACGAUGAAGGCCCACUGAAAAGAGCACACUCUCCACAUUUGAUAAUCCUAAGUAUCUAUACAUGCAUAGUAUCCCUAAGAUAGGGGAGGAUUAGUUCUCGGAAGUAGCUGCUUUUAGCUUUGAUCAACCUCUAGACUAGUGUUUCCUCAUAUCCUUCAAUCAAAACCUCAAAAACCGAUUACCUAAUUAACAACAAGGUGGGAAGUAAGCUAGGGUACCAAGACCCGAGUAGAAUACGACCUUGAUUACCACUAUAUGGAAAUCACAUCCUAGGUUAAACUUGCCUUAGAUGGGAUAGUUGUUGGUACGUGCAAACCAUUGACAAUAACAUGGACGAAUUCAAGUGAUCAAGCUUUUUUGGCUCCGUUGCCGAGGAACCUUGGCAACUAGUAGAAAACCAUUAAGUUGUUAGUUUUUAUCUUGCUUUAGUUGUUGUUUUGUAUUGUGUUUAUGUUUGUGUUGUUGGUUUAUUUCGUUUUAAUUUUUUUCGUGCUUUUGUUUCGUAUUUUGUUUUCAUAUUCGUGUCUUUGUUUGUAUUUGUAUUUGCCACCUUUGUAUAUCACGGGUUGUUCAGGUUGUGUUUUGUAUCAUCGUUGUAUGCGAGGAAGGGAUUCCUUGCAAUAUGACCUCUAGAUUCGGAAAUCGAGAUAACCCUUUGGAAUCUAAGAAGAAUUACAAGACCUCAACCUCCCCCAAUGGCGGAGCAUCAACCUCAAGUGCCCCGAAGGCCAAGAACGACGGGAUUCUACUCUUGCCCAGGAACCAAGGAUAUUCAGUCCCCAAUACUAUACCCCGCCCUCACGGGGCAAGAGUGUGAGGUCACACCUGGAAUGAUUUCGAUGAUCAAGACCGAUUAUCAAUUCAAGGGGGCAAGGAGGAAAUCCCCCAUCAUCAUGUAGAGGAAUUUCUCCAUCUGAUCGAUGGGUUGAAUGUGAAUGAGGAUGCUAGGGAGUUUGUUCGCCUUCACCUUUUCCCCUUCUCACUAGUUGGGGAAUCCAGAAGAUGGUUCAUGAGUCAAACUCAUCACUCUAUCACUUCAUGGGAGGAGCACUGCGAUAAGCUUCCGAACAUAAUAUUUUCCUCCUUCGAAGACUGCGAGCAUGCGAGCGACUAUCAACACAUUUAAACAAGUGAUUCAAGAAAAUUUGGGGGAAGCAUGGGAGAGGUUCAUUGUUCUUUUAUACAAAUGUCCUCACCACGAUAUUGAAGAUUGGCGAAAAGUGGAAAUCUUCUUCAACGGACUAAAAAUCGAAUAAAAGAAUCGCAUAUUGAUGAUAGCGGGGGAAAUUUGAAGAAAAAGGAACCAAGAAUUGUCUUAUCCCUCUUUCAAGAUAUGGUGGAAACUGAGCAUGAUAGGAAGGAAAUACACGAGGAAGAUCAGCCCCGACUCACCGCUUGUCAGCAACCUUACCAAAGAAUGAAGAGAUCAAGCAACCUCCAUCACUCGAGCAGGGACAAGUUCUAAGCUCCUCACCUCUGUCAGGGAACUUGUUUAAGGAAAGAUCACCUUCGGAGAUGGAAAUUGGGGAACUCUCGUCAAUUUUACAUUCAGAAGCAAUCACUAGGGAUAAGAGUAUGGAUAUCUCCCCACGGGAGACGGAGGACCUAGAGGGUUGCCUAUCUCAUUUUCAGAAAAUUUUAAGGGAAAGCUUUGAUAGAACCAAGAAAGUGGAAGAACUUUUGGGAGCUCUACCAGCUAAUUUCCAAGAGUUGGAAAAGAAUCAAGAACGAAAUGAGAUGGGACUCCAAACUCAGCUAGAGAAAGUGUUGCAACUUUUGCAGUUAGUGACAGGGGACGAAAAGAGGAAGGGUAACGAGGAAACCACUCCCACGCUAGAGAAGAAUGGGGAACAAAUUAACACUAGAUUG